CUGACCCAAGUACCAGAAGGCCACCUGAUGCGUAUGAAUAUGCCACAAGGUCUCACGCCUGCUCCUGCAUCCAUGACGAUCCCGAUGUGGCAUUCCUCAAGGCCGACGCUCGGGUUCCCCCUCGGCAUGGCGCUCCUGCUCCUCGUCAUCUUCUCCCUCAGCGGCAUCUUCUCCUGCUGCUACCACUGGGACAGGCUCCGAUCCCUCCUCUGGUCUCGGCAUCCUGGCAUGCUCCAGGAAGGUCCGCGCACCGUCAUCUCCAUCGGAUCGGGGCCGAGAAAGGCUGCCUCCGAGCACAAGAGCGAGAAAGCGGGAAAGGAGUGCGGGUUGCCCGUGAUCAUGCCCGGGGAUAACAUCGCGAAGUUCUACGCGAGGCCCUGCCCACACGAGGCGUGUUUACCUGGAGCAGCAGCAGAGAAGGGCGGAGUCGAGGUGCAAGUCAGAUGUUCAGUUUCGUGAGACCGUCAGUAUCUGUAUAUGAAAUCGUAGUUAGGUGCUAGCGACUUAUGAUUGAUAUAGAUAGAUUGUAUAUACGCAAGCGACUUAUGAUUUGAUGGAUUGAUGGUGUACUACUAGCAUGCAUUUUGACAGUUUUUUUCAGAAAAGAGGGAAAAAAACAAUAACCUUUCAUGUGCAGAUAUGCAACCCGAAUAGUCCAGAAAAGGAGAUUUUGGUGUCAGCAAACUAGCUGGAUAUUUGUUUUUCUUGUCAUGGAACUUGUUGAAUGCUAUGAAAUUUGGGAUCUUUCUGUUAAGGGGGGUGGAUGUCAUUUCAGGAAAACCAGAACAGUUCAUGGUAGUUUCUUUUUGAAAUUAUCAGGGAAUUUGUUAGCGUCUGUUCUUUCUGCGAGGUUUUUGAAAAGGAAAAAAAGAGAGAGAGGAGAUUAGAUUGCUGCUCAACCAAAUAGCGUUUGUUCUUUCUGUCCUGUGGUGCCCCACCGUACGUAGUACGUACGUCGUCAUGGCCACUGAAGAACAAAAGUACAGUGACAUAAUCUGGCGUAUAUAUAUGCACGAUGGAAAUAGAUGGGGACAUGGACCUAACAUUCAUACCGGCUGGGGAUCGUGAUGAGUGCAGGAUUAAUUAAGUUCGGCCAUGACACAAUCUCGUCCGUCCUUAUGCACGGAUACAACAAAGGGCCUGUUUGGUUGAUCGAAAUUUUUAGUCAAGAGGUACCUCUGCAAAGAUCACUUGCACCUUCUCUAGUGGUGACAAGUGGGGUAGCGUAGAAAGGUGUGAAGUCUAUUUUAAACCUUAUACUCAUAGAGCUCGUCAGAAUCAAACCCCCACGUCUGAAUCCCUGAAAUCGACAUCCUGACCUCUUUGAUCUGGUCAAUAUCAGCCCCUCGCUGAUCCUAAACCUGUCUGCGACGAUGUUCACAUCGUUGCAAGCACUUGCAGCAGCCGGCACUGCGGUGCGUACCAUACACUGCGGCACGCCCCCAACUGUCUUUCCGCCAGUCACCGGCCAGGUGUGUGCGCAGGUCGCCGGCACGGUGUCUCCUCGCCUUGUGUUAAAAAACAUAAAAAAAUAAAAGAAAUAAUAAUAACAAGGAAAACCAAGCAAAAAUGAAAAGGAAAACUACAAACCCGAAAAAAUAAAA